UGUAAAAAUCCUAAGUUGGCAGCCCUGUUAUUUUUCGGAGCUUCGCGCUUUUGCUACGAGAUGUCUUGAAGAACAAUUUGAAGAUUUUUAAUCUGUCAAUCGCAUUGAUUCUUGGCAUUUGUAAACGGAUAAAUCGAUUAAUUAAUGUUUUUGGUAUUAUACAUUUGAAAUUUAUUUUACUUCCAUAGUUUUUUACAGCACAUUACAAGUGUAAAAACAGCUAGUCAAGAUGCCAGAAACGGAAGAAGAAAUGAGCAUGUCAGUUCGCUUGACGAACGAUGAUUUCCGGAAACUCUUGAUGACUCCGAGGGCAUCAGUGCCCUCGGCUACUCCAGCUUCUGUGCCAGGUACAACCAGAGAUGCCAGCGCAAAAACUGCUCAAACCCCUCAAGUCAGUGGGGGCAGUCGGGCAGAGCUGCGAAGAAAGAAGAAAAGCUUCUACGCGAAACUGAAAAAACAAGAAGAGGAUAAGAUGGCUGAGCUUGCAGAGAAAUACAGAGAUCGUGCAAGGGAACGCAGAGAUGGGACAAAUCAGGAUUACCAAGCAGAGGAUCCUAUGAAUAGUGCUAGUGCUUACCGGGCAGUCGCGCCGGAUCUGAAAUCUGGCAUGGAUGCUGCCGAACGCAGAAGGCAAAUGAUCCAGCAAUCUAAAUUCUUAGGUGGUGAUAUGGAACAUACUCACUUGGUCAAAGGCUUGGAUUAUGCUCUUCUACAGAAGGUACGUAGUGAGAUCGAAGCUAAAGAACAUGAACAAGAGCAAGAGUUGGAAAAAUUGGUAAAGCCAAAGGAGAAGACAAAGAAGGAACAGCCAGAGAAAAAGGAUGACGAGAUGCAGUUCAAGACAAAGAUGGGCCGCAACGUAUACAAAAUUAUUAUGACUAUGAAAUCUAAGCAGAUUGAAAGAAACGAGUUAUUUACGCCAGGUCGUAUGGCGUACGUGAUCGAGCUUGAUGAUGAGAAUGCCGAUGUCGACAUACCGACGACACUAAUCAGAAGUAAAGCGGAUGUACCAACGAUCGACAAUACGCCGACUCUCACGACUAACGAUAUCGUAAUCAACAAACUAGCACAAAUAUUGUCGUACCUACGCCAGGGUAGCCGUCACAGCAAGAAGGGUAAAAAGUUGAAGGACGGACGUAGUCGCGGCGAUGAACUGAACGAUAUAGACAUCCAACCGCGACCGCCCGCUGCUGACGAGAGUAUCUACGGCGACAUCGGCGACUACGUGCCGACGAUGACAAGCAAGAAGGAUGGUCAGCUACGCGAGAAGAAGAAGGGCUCGUAUUUUGAUAAACCGGAAUCGAAUCUGGACACCGAUGAUAAGGCAAACGCGCCACAAUUGCCGAGCACUUUGCAGCAAAACGCAGUGACCGCUGUCGCAGCUGCCAUCGCGGACAGCAAUGCACCUAAAAAGGGGGCAUUGUUAAACAAACUUGCAGCCGAGCCAGAAGGCUAUGCCGAAUGUUAUCCAGGUUUGGACGAGAUGCAAGAUGCUAUCGAUGAUUCGGACGAUGAAGUAGAUUACACGAAAAUGGAUCUAGGUAACAAAAAAGGUCCGAUAGGUCGCUGGGAUUUUGACACUCCUGAGGAAUACAGCGAAUACAUGAAUAACAAGGAGGCAUUACCCAAGGCGGCCUUCCAAUACGGCGUAAAGAUGGCCGAUGGCAGACGCACUAGGAAAUAUAAUAAAGAAAAGAACGAGAAAGCGGAACUUGAUCGCGAGUGGCAAAAGAUUCAGAACAUCAUGAAUAAGCGGAAACCGACGACGGCAAUUGAUGGCGCAUCUGAAUUCAAAGUACCGCGGUAUUGAGCGAUCGAUAUAAUUUUAAUUUAUCAUGGACAUCAGAAAAAUCUGGAAAACUUAGAUCAGCCAUCUUGAAUAACAUAUUAGAUGCGAAGACAAAUUUUUUCAUUAUUGAAUUUUAGAAUUAUCGUGAGAAAACUUUCAGUAUAUAUAUAUAU